GGAAGAAGCGGUGAGUUGAUUGGUCCUAGUUGGCGGCACGCGGUUCCAGGUGGACAAUAUGGCCGCUAGGGGCCGGUACCUGCUGUUUGAAGAGAUGAAAAUGGGUUCUGCCUUUGGUUAGCAGAUCAAGAAGUUGCCAAGUGCAAACUAAUUGAACCUGUGCAACAGAGUUUUAAAUCAGCACUGGAUUGUUGAUUCAGGUGAAGCAUGAAUGUUUCAAGGUCAAAUGCUGGAGCCAUGUCAUCAAACACCCUCUUUACAAACUCGGCAAAGAAACGAAACAGCUCUAUUAUUUAUAGUCUUGAAAGCAUGCCAUCAGAAAUUCCAAUUUCAAACUUUGCAGGACUUUCCAACCGAGGAAAGAAGACCAUAAACAGUGACAUUGAAGGAUUUCCACCAAACAAACGCCACAAAGCAGAACAGGACACUAGAACAAAUGAGGAUCCUUUUGGAGAUAAUGAAGAUUUCACUGCAGAUGAUUUGGAGGAACUUGAUAUUCUAGCCUCACAAGUUCUAAGUCAGAAUGUGACCAAUGUGUCCAAUGCUAUGAAAGCAUCAGUGAACAAUGCUAAUAACAGAGGACCAUUAGGACUAACAAAUGACGCAAGUAUAAAAGUUGCUACUUUAGCAGCUGGAUCAUUAAGAAAUGCAAAUGCAGUAAAGGAACUUCCUGGGAAUGGUCUCAUUCAAAGUAGUGAUACUGAUUCAUUUGGAUUUGAGGUUCUUCAAGAACAACAUGAGAAGCUGAGGCAACAGUUUAAUGAACUAGAAGAAAAGCUGCUAGUGAGAAAUGGUGAAAUUAGAGUUCUGCGAGACUCUUUACGCCAUGUGGAAUCUGAAUUUGACCAGCAAAAAAAACUGUACUUACUUGGUGAGAAGGAGAAAGCCGAAGCUCAAAGCCAAAGAGAAAAGGAGCUCUCCAAAAAGGCACAAUCAUUGCAGUCUGAACUACACUUCAAAGAAGCAGAGAUGAAUGAGCUGCGUGCAAAACUCAUAAACUGUGAAAGACUGACCAAGUCUGCAGUCGCAAGUGUUGCAAAAAUCAGUCCUAGGAAAAGUUCAUCUGGAUCCAUAAAACCUGAAAGCAGUCCUUCUCCUCAGAUUGCAAGGAAUUAUUUUCCUGAUAAAAAAGCAUUUGCUGCAGAGAUGUCUCCUAUGCCUUCUGUUUCUUCUGCUCCAACAACAAACCAGAUAUUAACUGAUAAGGAAGAUGCUCAGGAUCUGAAAGAGUUGCACAUUAUUAAGAGGGAAAUGUUGAAAAAGUGUCCCUCACUCAAUUCCAUUCAGGGAAAAUUGUCUCAUAGCAGACAAUCUGAAAGUGAGAGGAGGCAGGCAUCUUGGUCCAUUACUGACCUUCAAAUGUCCAAUAGAAGGUGUGGAGAAGCAGUCAAAGGUGCUGUACUGUUGACUGUAUUACUUAGCCAACCUGUUGGUCCUGGAACUUUGGGAUUGAGCCACCUUCUCAACACCAAUUCUGAAACAUUUUAUGGUUUGAUCCAACAGCAUAGUUGCGUUGGCAUUGGGACUUCAUUAUCUGAGAAAUCUUCCGAAGUUGGAAUAAAAGGAACGCUUUUAAGUCUAAGUGAUCUUCAGGGUUUAGCUAUUUGCGGCAUUAAUAUGCUCAUCUUUGACCAAGAAUCAUCAGAAGAAAAGUUAGACACCACAAAAGCUACUCCUGGACUGAGAAGUCAAAAUGACUUGCCUAGCGCAGUUCAUCUUUUGCCACUAAUUGAUUUUUACCUUGGCACUUAUUGUCAAGCUCUGCAGACUGAAAAAGCAGGAAGGAACCCUGCAGGAAGAAGAAAUUGCUACCCUGCCAGUCCUGUGGAAUCUACUGCCUCAAAUGUGGAUGAUUGUUUUAAUAAUUUGGAAGAUUUUGCACUUUCAGCACUUGAUGUUUUGUAUCACCUUGUAUCACAUAGUCAAAAGGCUGGAAAAUCCUUGUUGAUCCCUACCUCUAGUCAAAGUAUUCAAAGUGGCACUGUCGUAACGACACAAUCACAUAAGAAUUCAACACUGAGCAGGCAUGGAAAUGAAGAGGAAGCAGGAAAAUGUGGACUUCAAGAAGAACAUGCUAAACUACAGGAAUUGGUUGGUUUAGACCAACCUCAGCAUAAUUUGUUCAACAAAUUGCUGCAACUUUCUGAUCCUGUCAUUAUAAGUGUCACAUAUAGAAGAGAAAAUCUCCAGAAUCUAAGCAUGAGAAUUUUGGGGAAGGUUGCUGAAAACACUACUACUGAACUCCUCAGCAGGUUCCACCAAUUAUUAAGCAGUGAAGUGCUGCUCCGAUGCCUGUCACUAGAUUCUUCCUGCACUGUUGUCCUCUUUGUUGUUCAACUCCUGGCAAAUCUGACAGAUCAUGUGGAACUGGCCUCAAAGUUCUGCUGUCAAUCAGCAUCCUGUCUGUUUUUCAAUCUGUAUACGUAUGUUUCCUCCAGACCUGACAGUACUGCUGCCGACAGGCUAUGGCUUCAGCUGGAACAAGAGGUUAUUCGAUUCCUCGCCAAAUUUGGAUUGUCCCAUUCUGGUGCCAGCGCUAUAUUGGUAGAAUCGGAUUGUCCGUGUAACACUGAGAUCUUGAAGACUUUAAUAGUCAUGUUACAUCGACAGUGGCUUACUGUUCGCAUAUCCCAAGAAAAUCAUUCUUCAGUGUGUAAUCAGGCUGUGGUGCAGUUCCUAAGGGAAACUGUUUUACUGCUUCACUGUCUUUCACAGAGGGACAAAAGUUUUACAGACCAUUGUUUGGAUGUGCUACACCUCUAUGAUCAAGUUAUGCAUGGAAUCAAAACUAUUUUAAAAAACAUACCAGAUCUUGAAGAGUGUGAAGAGUUAGCUUUGGAAGAACUUUGUUCCCACGAACCGGAAGCCGAAUAUCAAGAAGCAGAAACUGAUGGACCUUGAGGCACCAUACUCAAGACUGAAGAUACUUCACUUGCAGCGCAUUUGUACAUACACUGAUAGCUACAUUCUUGAAUACCCAUUUGUGGCCCAGUUAACUGAGCUGAUAUUUUUCAGAGUUAUUUUCACUGAAAAAUUAAAUGCCUGAAAAAUCAUAAUGAAUUCUAUUUACAGGACUAUUGUCUAUCUUUCACAUUCAAGCAACAAUGAAAUAUUUGGUGGCUAGUAACUGCAUUCAUGUAUCUCUCCGCUAUCACUGACAUUACAGUAGAAUUAAUUCAUUUAUUAGCAGUGGACUUUGUAACUUGAGCGCAACGAAAAACACCUUCAAUGCCAUUUUUGAUAAACUGUUAAACCUCAGCUGGAUGUCUAUUUUGUAUGCAUUUUUUGAACAUUGUUUUUAGAAUUUGCACAGGUAUGUGAUUUUGUUUUACAUUAUUAUCACAGAAACAGGUAUUGCAGUGCAAUAUUUUCAGAUUCUAUGAUGCAGUGCUCUGGAGGACAAGUUCAGAAUAUUUAACAAUGUGUAAAAUAGAGAAAUGUUCAUAACAGAGUGGGUCUUCUAAGAUCUGUGGAGAAAGGAAAUAAGGUAGUGUUCCAGGUUUUUGAAACUUUUUUUUUGCUAUCGCUACAGAUAUUGCCUCAUCUGAGUGUUUCCUGAAUUUUGUUUUUCUUUUAAACUUGUGUGAUUUUGCAUUGAGUGAAUGUGAUGAGUUGUACUACCUACAACAAUGGCUUGAAUGACUUGUCCAGAGAAGUUUAAAGAUGAAAUACUAUUAAUUGAAUGCCCAUUCUUGUUGAAUAAAAAUGUUUAAUUUGUAACACUGUGCAGAUUGAUAACUGAAUUAACAUUUCUGUGCUGGCAAAAUGUAGGCGAUCACUGCAACUUGAAAGAUUUAAACUAUUUUCUGAGCUCUUUGUACAGUUUUGUUUUCUUUCAAUAAAUGUAAAAUUAUA